AGUGCCCUCCCUCCCCUCUCCACGGGGGAAGAUGGCGGCGCUGCUCCGGUUGUGCCUGAGGCCUGCUCCUCGCCUCCUCCUCCUCCUUCCCCGGGGACCCGCCGCCCUCUCCGGCCUCUGCAGGGCGGUCUCCGGCAGCGGGCCGGCCUCCUCGGUGUCGCCCUCGGCUAUGGCCGGGCCCGGGGAGCUGCCGCCCGGGUACGCGGGCGCCCCGCCGCCGGAGGUCAACCUGUACGACCAGAACCCGGAGUACCAUGGUUUCAGCGCUGACCCGGUGGUGGACGUGUGGAACAUGAGGCUGGCCUUUUUCUUUGGCAUCUCCCUGGCCAUUGUGGUGGGCUCCACCUUCGUCCAUUACCUGCCCGACCACGGGUAAGUGCUGCUGGGAACUGAGGGCGUUU